AUGGCCUCUUGAAGGAUGUCGAUGGUGGGAGAUAUUCAACGAAAUACUGAAGUAAAAGAGCCAGCAAGCUUGAAGGACGGAGCAGGUAAUGGUGCUGUUAAGCUAGAAAAGAAGGCAAGGUAUCCAUAUGGAGCUGUCUUCUUCCUACUGACUUCUACAGUUGGGCAAAGCUACUCUGGGAUAGGUCUCCAAGCAGUACUGGAGUUGUAUUUCACUCGGUUUUUGUUUGUGUGUUUGACUCAGGCGGAUCAGCUGGGCACAGCAGCCGUCAACGUGUACAUUGCUCUCUACCAGAUAUGUGCCUUGUCAGCAGGAUUCUUAGCAGAUAGGAUUCUAGGCAACUUCUUGACUCAAGUUCUAAGCACUCUGUUGACUACUAUUGGGAUAUGCCUUCUAUCAUUCUCCACAUGGCAGUACACAGUGUCUCCACCUGGUUGCUGUGUUGCCAAUAGCAACAACAAGUCUGUGUACCUAUCCGGAUCUGAAUAUAGUGGCUCUUUUAACUGGAGCUCAAAUUGCAGCGAGCUGGACAAAGUGACUAUCCUUAAUCAGAUCGAUCUCAACAUCUCUCCAACGCUAAAUAUGGUCCUCUCUAUAAUUGGAUUAACUUUUUUCUCUGUUGGGUACGGGCACAUCAAUGCUAUACAGAGUGUUCUUGUUGCAGACCAGUUUACAGAAGAACAGACUAAGUCGAAGGAGCGGUCAUUCUCCUGGUAUUACUGGUGUUGUAACAUCGGGGCCCUAGUGGGGGAGUCCGGGAUGCCAGUUCUCAGACAGUCAGUAGGGUUUAUCAUCGCUUGGAUCACCAUUCUUGGGACAACAUCAAGCUCAGCGAUCCUAUUUUUCAGUGGAGGCUACCUGUAUUUCAAAAAGAAACCGGAGCGAUUAAAAUGUGCCUGUUCAAAGAAGCCAUCUUCUAAUGAGACAAAUCCUCUCCUCAAUAAAGAACAGAGGACUACUAGUCAGUACCUCAAGACCAGGUUAAAGGAGCUCCUGCCGUUUGUGGGCGUGUUCACACCACUCAUUGUUUUCUGGGCUAUUUUCUACCAGCAAAACUCGACCUGGAUUCUGCAAGGCACCAUGAUGAACUGUCACCUUGGAGCUCUGCACGUACCACCAGAUUUGAUGCCGAGUGUGAAUGACUUCCUAGUGUUGUUCAUCAUCCCUGUUUUGGACUACAUUGUCUACCCCCACCUGGAGAAGACAAUGGGAGUUAAAAUACGACCUCUACACAAGUUAGUAGCAGGCAUGAUGUCGGCUGCAUUAAGCUUCCUGCUGUCAGGUUUGCUACAGCUCUACCUUGUUAAGUUGCCCCAGGGGCAGGACUGCCUAGGGGAUAUCAGUAUAGCAUGGCAACUACCACAGAUCGUUCUCAUAUCAUUUGCUGAAGUGUUGGUUGCAGUCACUGGGCUAGAGUUUGCCUACUCACAAGCACCACCUGACUUUAGGAACGUCAUCACCUCAUUCUGGUUUAUCUCCCAGGCCCUGGGCACUCUACUGAAUGCUGGUCUGGCACAGAUCCCAGGCCUCACUCUCAGAGAUGAGUUUUUCAUGUACACUGGACUCAUGGCACUAGUGACUGCUCUGUUCGUAGCCGUUAACUGGAGAUUCAAGUAUAGAGACCCUAGCUAACUAUUAGUACACGUACAAUUUAUGCAUUUACUGCUGUAUGUGCGUUGAAUGUGUAUGUGUUUGUAUAGUACGACCCUCGUGAUCACUGAAUUGA